AUGGAUCAUGCAACUGAAGUGUUAGAGACAUUAGGCACAAAUGAAGAGCACAAGCCCCAGCAGGUGGAAAGUGGGGAAGCUUCGUGUUGGGCAUUUCUGAAAGAUGCAGACAGCUCAGCCAUCCUGCAUUACUUUAUGUACUACGUCAAGAGCAUCUUGGUGGACAGGAAUCUUGGAGAUGUGGCUGUCGUGGGCCUCUCUGACAACAGAGGUGUGUGGGCAGCUAAGCCAGGAGUGGUCCUCGCAGCUGUCUUGUCUCAAGAAGUGGGCUUGAUCACAGACCAGGAUCAGAAAAUAUUCCUGCUAACUGGAAUCACUGUAGCUGGCAAAAUGAUUUGUGAUAACCUGCUGGUGGAUGAAGACAAAGUGAUGGAUAUCAGAAGCAAAGGCAGUGACAGCAGAUCCGUAGCUAUUGGCAAGACCCCCAAAGCCCUGAUCUUCUUCAUGGGCAAGAAGAGAGUUCACAGAGGAGACCUCAAUUAGAAGAACCAGGAUAUGACUGUGGACAUGAAAGCAUGACACAAAUAGUGCCAAAGA